GAGACAAGUAACAUUCCUAGGAUCACACAGCUAGUAAGAAGAGGACUUCUACUUGCACUUAUUAUUUAUGUCUUCCACUUGUACUCUGGUGGAGGUGCUAAUGAGAACCAAAGUGCUAUAAGACAAAAGAAUUGUGUGAAGUUGGGACUUUUGUAAAUUUUGGGUAGAGGCUGUAACAAUAUUAUUUGUUAGUGGAAGUUGAAGGACUUGUACAGCUUAAAAGCAAUUAAAAAAAUUUUAAUGUAAUGGUUAAAGUGGUGGGGGGCGGUGGUGGUGGGAUGAAUUGGGAGAUUGGGAUUGAGAUAUAUACACUAAUAUGUAUAAAACAGAUAACUAAUAAGAACCUGCUGUAUAAAAAAUAAAUACAAUAAAAUUCAAAAAAAAAAAAAAGAAAAUAGGGUUUCAAGAAAUCAGAUGGAGCGGCCUGCUUUCAACACCCAGAGCUAGUGACGCAAGGCCAUGUCAGCUCCUACCAAGGAUUCCUGCUCACACUGGGAUACGUAAGGUAAGGAGCUGUGGACCUGAGAGGAACAUCUGUCAGCUUCUCCUAAGUCUCCUCAACAAGAUCAUCAUCCCAAAAGCAGGUAUCCUCAAGGAAAAACUGUCCAUUGAAUCUGGUCAGGAAAGAAUGCUGGUUGUGGUCCAUGAACUCACAGAAAUUAUAAACCAUCUUUGAGGAAGGAAUCAGUCCAUCUGAAGAGUGUGUUAAAGGGAAAAAUAAGACAAAUAAAGACAUGGAGCUGCAGCAAGGGGACAAAAUGGAUGAAGAGGAAAAAGAGAAGAAAACCACGUCUCAACCCCAAAGCAUAAUGAAGGACCGGCUAGUAGAACUUGUGGUAACCAAGCGGUAUGAACAGCAGUUCCCAGACAAGGACGAUGAAUUUGACUCGCCCCCUGAGGAUAUCAUGUUCAAGAUGCACCACAUCCUGGAAUCCUUGUACCGAGACAUCCAGGACCUUCAGGAUGAAAACCAGCAGCUGACUGCCGACGUGAAGCGGCUGGGAAAGCAGAACACCCGCUUCCUCAUGUCCGUGCGGCGCCUCAGCAGUGUCAAGCGCCCCAUCAACUCUAUUGCCAAGGACAUCAAGGCGCAGGGCGAGAGCAUCCACUGCAAGCUGAGCGCCAUGAAGGCGCUGAGCGAGGACGCCGAGUCUCAGCACGAUGUGCACUCGGCCGUGGCGCGCAUCGCGCGUGCACAGUACAGCGCUCUCACCCGCCAUUUCCAGGCCGCCAUGCACGAGUACAACCAGGCCGAGAUGAAGCAGCGCGAAAACUGCAAGAUCCGCAUCCAGCGCCAGCUGGAGAUCAUGGGCAAGGAUGUGUCGGGCGACCAGAUCGAGGACAUGUUCGAACAAGGCAAGUGGGACGUGUUCGCAGAGAACCUGCUGGCUGACGUGAAGGGCGCGCGGGCGGCCCUCAACGAGAUCGAGAGCCGCCACCGCGAGAUGCUGCGGCUGGAGAGCCGCAUCCGCGACCUGCACGACCUCUUCCUGCAGAUGGCCAUGCUGGUGGAGCAGCAGGCGGACACCCUGGACGUCAUCGAGUUCAUCGUGCAGAAGACCCUCGACUGCACCGGCCAGGCCAGGGUGCAGGUGCGCAAUGCCAUGCAGUACAAGAAGAAGAAUCCCUGCCGGACCGUCUGCUGCUUCUGCUGCCCCUGCCUCAACUAGCAGGGGGCCCAGGCCGCCACACCCCAUCCCCGACCGGAAUGGGCCGGGAAGCACUUUGGGAAAGAUUUUGAGGCUGUCUGCACUGGGGUGAGUUGCCCUAAUCCCUAGGGACCUCAGUCUUUGGAGAAGGAAAAACUCGAGGUCCCAGAAUUCCAGUCCAGCUCGUACUUGGAAUAAGAGUUGAUCCCACCCGCUGUUUCAUCUGUAAGGACAGAUGCCUACUGAAGUUUUGUGAGGUCAUUAUAUGACACAUAGCACCCUUUCCUCUUAAAC